GCAUACAAAAUCCAAUAUAACGAUAUAACAUCGUGUUGGUGAAGUGACGUAUACAUUUACGCGAAUGUAUAGAUUCCAGGUAUUUCUGGAUUGAUUUUGACAAAAGCGGAAAUACGGCGCCUCUAUUUCCGCCUGGAAACACAUGUCAACAAACAUGGCUUCCUACUGCUCGUUCGUUUGUAGUGAAGAAGAAAAAGACGCCGAAAAAGCAAUAAUAGUCCAGUUUUCAAAUGGCAACGUCAAAGAUGCAGACAAACUGGACUUCACCACGUACAAGAGUAUAGAGGAGAAUAAUCCCAGGAAGAAGAGCAGGCGAAUAAUGGUUGCAGAGUCAGAAAAACUGUCAUAUGUUGGAAUGAAUUUCGGAGCAGGGUCACUGAAAUGUAAUAACCUUUGCAAGUAUUACCUUGGAGUUUUGAACAGAGAGACCAUGCAGAUGGAGGUGCACAACGCUCAGGUAUUCAACAUGCAACCUGUCAUACCAGGAGAAACAGACACUGCAAGUUCCCAGGAUGCUCCUCUGACAUACCGCGACAAGGUGGACUCCCUGAUUGAAGCAUUUGGCACAACUAAACAGAAGAGAGCUUUGAGCUCCCGUAAGCUGAAUCAAGUUGGCAGUGACAUCCUGCAACAAGCCGUGGCUAAAGCAGCCAACACUGUCAUCGACCAAAAGGGUCUUGAAGCUCUACAACAAGAGGUUGCUGAAACAGAGUCUAAAGAAGACCUGGCUUCUCACCUGCCCCCCUGCAACCCUGGUGCAAACAUACCUGAAAAUGUCUAUUUGUUUGAUGAUCUCAUAUGUCCAGAGGAUUUUAAUGCCUUAGAGCAGGCUGGCUCCAAGAUGGCGGCACUGACCCCUGAGGAGCUGCAGAAAAUGACAGAAGAAAGAAGAUGCAGUUCUAUUGUGAAUCACCUGGAAAAAUUACCAUCAUCAGAUGAAGCCAGGGAUAAAUUGGCACGCUCUGCCUAUUACCUUUCCCUGCUGUUCCAUAUGGCAAAGCAGAAAAUCGUCUCCCGAAAAUUGGGGCAGUAGGAAGACUGUCCUCGCAUCAUACAGAACAAACUGUUGAGAACAUUCACUGUGGAAACAUUCAGCAAUGGCAGGGUACUGAGCGUUGUAUCAGCAUCAAUGAAGGUCAAAUUAGCUGCUUAUUCCUUGGCCCUGCUCCUGCAUAUGGGAGACAUGACUGCUGACCUCACACUACUGCACCGUGACCUGGGCAUCACUGAGGCCAGGAUGAUUGAAAUUGCAAAGUCAAUGGGGUUGACAGUGAUAAAACCGGCCAGACUAAAGGCCGAUGAGACCGAACUGCAGGACGAACACAAGAUGGCAUCACUUCGUCUCCCGCUGGUCAAAUACGAUCAGAUGAUAGAGCGACGGAAACGCAAAAAAAUGCGCUGAAUACAAUACCAAGAAAAGUGUUUAUUAAUGAAACUUGUAGACCAAAACAUGAGUACCUUUUUGGUUGUACAUAUGUUUGUUAAUUAAAGCUAAUACAAAAAGCA